AUGGACACCAGGGCCAUGCUGGUGGGGCUGGUGCUGGCCAUGUUGCCCACUCCCGGGCUUGGGGCUCCGGUAGAAUCAGACACUCUGCAGAGCCCCCGGAACAAGCUGCUGCUUGUGUCCUUCGACGGCUUCCGCUGGGACUAUGACCAAGACGUGAACACACCGAACCUGGACACCAUGGUCCGUGAGGGCGUAAAGGCACGCCACAUGACGCCUCCCUUCGUCACCAUGACCAGCCCCUGCCACUUCACCCUGGUCACCGGCAAGUACAUCGAGAACCACGGGGUGGUCCACAACAUGUUCUACAACCUCAGCAACCGCGUGAAACUGCCGUACCACCCGACGCUGAGCAAGGGCAGCUGGUGGGACAACGGGAGUAUCCCCAUCUGGAUCACCGCACAGCGCCAGGGCUUGAAGACCGGCUCCUUCUUCUUCCCUGGCGGCAACGUCACCUACCAGGGCGAGGCGGUGACGCAGAGCCGGAGGGAGGGCAUCGCCCAUAACUACAAGGACGAGAAGGAGUGGAGAGCCAACAUCGAGACGGUGCUCGGCUGGUUCACGCGCGACGGCCUCGACCUGGUCACCCUCUACUUCGGGGAGCCCGACUCCACCGGCCACAAGUUCGGGCCGGACUCGGAGGAGCGGAAGAAGAUGGUGGAACAGGUGGACCGCACGGUGGGCUACCUGCGUUCGCGCAUCCUCGAGGAAGGCCUGGAGUCUCGCCUCAAUCUCAUCAUCACGUCGGACCAUGGCAUGAACAAGGUCAACAAGAAGGCGCCCGACCUGGUGGAGUUCCACAAGUUCGCCAACUUCAGCUUCUCCGACAUCUACUUCGAGCUCCUGGACUACGGCCCCAACGGGAUGCUGUACCCCAAGGAGGGGCGGCUGGACAAGGUGUACGAGGUGCUCAAGAAGGCCCACCCCAGGCUGCACGUGUACAAGAAGGAGGAUUUCCCCAAGGAUCUGCACUACGCCGGCCACUCCCGGAUCACGCCGCUGGUCAUGUACAGCGACCCUGGCUACGUCAUCCAUGGGAGAAUCAACGUGCAGAACAACAACGGGGAGCAUGGCUUCCGCAACGACGUCCAGGACAUGAAGACCAUCUUCCGGGCCGUGGGGCCCAACUUCCAGCGGGGCCUGGAGGUGGAGCCCUUCGAGAGCGUCCAUGUCUACGCACUCAUGUGCCAGCUACUGGGCAUCCAGCCUGAGCCCCACGACGGGGACCUGGCCACGCUGCUGCCCCUGCUGCGAGACGGGUCCGGCCUCCCGCCCAGAGGCCCUGCCCUGCUGCUGGUGACUCUGCUGGUGGCCCUGUUCCUCCUCGUCCAAGUGGCCAUGUGA